AUGUCGUUCGGUUGCGCACGCGCUCUGCGCGCGGCCAUCUUUGUCGGUCUGGCUUGUGCGAAUGCUGAUGCUGCAAGAACACUGACGUACUACGUAGACUUCGAACGUACCAACGUAACGUACUUCAACCCGGAGUACUACGUGUACGUGAAUGCCAGCGCCAGCCGCUACGGUCGCAGAGAUCCCAUACACUACGUCCAUAUACAUGGAGAGACGAGGGUGCCUUUCGGAAACAAUGUUACUAUAAACAUAUACAUCUACGAGUUCUUAAGCAACGAGUACCGUCGAAGCUUCGUAGAGAUGCAUUACAGGACUUGCGACUUCAUUGACAAGGACACAGUCUUCAGACCUUUCAUCAAACACGCCUUGCCUGACGUCGGUUGUCCUUUCCCGGUGGGUGCGUAUCAUUUUAUGAACCUAUCAUUCCCGGAUUUUCCCCUACUGCGGUCUUUUCCCUUCAAAAAGGGCCGUCUGUUCAUCGAGCAGCGUGGGCGCACAGCGCGCAUCCUCAACGGCUUCAUAGAUAUGGAAGUCAAACAGAGAUGGCGCUGAUCUCAACUUUUUUGA